AUGGGGGCGCCGCGGCGGGUGCUGCAGCCGCCGCGCUCCCGUCCGCGCAGCACCGACAUGUCCGAGGUCGCUCCCGCCCCCGCUGCUGAGGCAGCGCCCGCCGCCGCCGCCCCGGCUCCUGCCGCCAAGGCCGCCGCCAAGAAGCCGAAGAAGGCGGCGGCCGGUUCCAAAGCCCGCAAGCCGGCGGGCCCCAGCGUCACCGAGCUGAUCACCAAGGCCGUGUCCGCCUCCAAGGAGCGCAAGGGGCUCUCGCUCGCCGCGCUCAAGAAGGCGCUGGCCGCCGGCGGCUACGACGUGGAGAAGAACAACAGCCGCAUCAAGCUGGGGCUCAAGAGCUUGGUCAGCAAGGGCACCUUGGUGCAGACCAAGGGCACUGGCGCUUCUGGUUCUUUCCGUCUGAGCAAGAAACCUGGGGAAGUGAAGGAAAAAGCCCCCAAGAAGCGGGCAGCCGCCGCCAAGCCCAAGAAGCCGGCAGCCAAGAAGCCCGCCAGCGCUGCCAAGAAACCCAAGAAAGCGGUGACAGCGAAGAAGAGCCCCAAGAAAGCGAAGAAGCCAGCGGCCACCGCGGCCAAGAAAACGGCCAAGAGCCCCAAGAAGGCGACCAAGGCUGCCAAGCCCAAGAAAGCGGCGGCAGCAGUGAAGAGCCCGGCCAAGGCGAAGGCGGUGAAGCCCAAAGCAGCCAAGCCCAAGGCGGCCAAGCCCAAAGCGGCCAAGGCGAAGAAGGCGGCGCCCAAGAAGAAGUAAUCCCCCGUGGAAGAAACCUCUUGCUCGGCGCUUAAACCCAACGGCUCUUUUAAGAGCCACCCACAUUUCUCUCU